GUCCCUUUAAGUUGCCCGGCGCGGAGGUGGGGCCGAGCCUCCCCGGCCGGAAGCUGACUGGGCGCGUCACUUCCUCCCGGAAGCGGGGCCGGGCGGAUGUCUCCGGCGCGUCCGUGCAGGGGGAUGAGGGCCGCGGUGGCUGCCAGCGUGGGGUUGAGCGAGGGGCCGGCGGGCUCCGCUCGGAGGGGCCGCCUCCUCCGCCCGCCGAGCCCCGCUCCGGCGGCGCCGGGGGCCCGGCUGUUGCGGCUCCCGGGGAGCGGGGCCGUGCGGGCCGCAAACCCGGAGCGCGCCGGCUGGACCGAGGCGCUGCGGGCCGCCGUGGCCGAGCUGCGCGCCGGCGCCGUGGUGGCCGUCCCCACGGACACGCUGUACGGCCUGGCCUGUUCGGCAAGCUGCUCGGCGGCACUGGGCGCUGUGUACCGCCUCAAGGGCCGCAGCCAGGCCAAGCCGCUGGCCGUCUGCCUGGGCCGCGUGGCCGACGUCUACAGGUACUGCCAUGUGAGGGUACCUGAGGGACUCCUGAAAGACUUACUACCAGGACCAGUGACCCUGGUGUUGGAACGCUCGGAGGAGCUCAAUAAGGACCUGAACCCCUUUACUCCUCUUGUAGGCAUCCGGAUUCCUGACCAUGCCUUCAUACAGGAUUUGGUCCAGGUGUUUGGGGGACCACUCGCUCUCACCAGUGCCAACCUUAGCUCCCAGGCCAGUUCUCUGAAUGUCGAGGAGUUCCAGGACCUCUGGCCUCAGUUGUCCCUGGUCAUUGAUGGGGGACCAAUUGGGGAUGGCCAGAGCCCCAAGUAUCGCCUGGGCUCAACUGUGGUUGAUUUGUCUGUACCUGGAAAGUUUGGCAUCCUUCGUCCAGGCUGUGCCCUGGAGAGUACCACAGCCAUCCUCCAGCAGAAGUACGGGCUGCUCCCCUCGCACUGAUCCUGCUUCUGCAUCUCAGGAAGAGGGGAGGGCCUGAGGACUGGUGCUGGACACUGUGUGUCUGUCCGUUGGGGACUGGCAAGGCCUCAUUGACAGAGGCCACUGGGGCUGCGACGUCACUAGUCUGACUCUUUAAGGCACUGCGUCUUUCUGAACACUGUAGAACAAGCCCCAGAAGCUGCUGGUGUCGUGUCACACCUGGUGGGGAGGUCAUAUUUAUUUGUAAUUUCAAAUAUCAGCCAAAAGGUGACGUAGAGACUUUGAGAACAUUCCUAGGAUGGCCUUGUUCUAAUAAGUUUCUUUUUCAAAAAUCUUUUCUGAAAAAUAAUUUGAGGAACAGAUUUGGAAUCCAGUUGGAGCCCCCUGUCUGGCGGGUAGUGGCAUUUAAGGUCCAAAUCAGCCCCAGAGCACCAGCCGGUGCUGUUUAAAAGUCUCCAGUGACCAAAGGCAUGUACUUAGGCACCUGAAGCUGGAACCACAGUAGGAUAAAGACUGUCGAGCCAAGGCCCGACACUAUUUUCUCUGAACUGGAGAGGCUGGUGGUGUGGUGUGCCGGAAGGCCUGGUGGAGAGAAGUCAGCAUUUUGGACUAAUGGUGAGAAGUGAGCUCCGUUGGCAAGGGGCACGGGUAGGGAAGUCCAAAUCAAAGAAUACUGGAAAACAAAUCUCCACUAUUCUUUUUAGCUAGUAGCUUUUUUCUUAUUUAGUCGUAAAAUAAAUUAUAAUGAGUUAUGCCUGUAAUACCUUUAUUUGAAUCCAGUGUGUACUCAAAGCCUUUAUUCAUACGUAUACCAAG